GAUGAGCGGGUUUCUGUUGGCAAAAGGAGUAUCACUGCCUAUUUUGACAAACAAUUAUCCAGCAACAAAGUAUCUAUGCAGCCCAAGAUCACUAGUGCUUUGGAUCCUAAUUCAAGAGAUGCACUUGGCCUAGCUUGGUCCAAGUUUUUUCAUGCCAAUGAUAUUGCUGGACAUAAAGCUGAUUGCCCAUACUUCCGAGCUGCUGUGAAGAUCACUCAACAAUUAGGGCCUGCUCCUAUACCAACCGCAAAGGAUAUUGAUGGGAAAUAUUUGGAGGCUAACUAUGAUGAAGCUACUUCCUUUCUUCAAAAAUUUAAACAAGAUUGGAAAAACUUCGGUGUGACUCUUAUGUGUGACUCUUGGACUGGUCCAACAGGAAUGAGCCUCAUAAACUUCAUGGUAUAUUGUAAUACACGAAUGUUCUUCCUCAAUACCAUUGAUGCAUCCGGUCAGACUCAGAAUUCAGACUUUAUCUAUAGAGAGAUUGAGAAGGUUGUAGAAGAGAUAGGCCAUGAACAUAUUGUUCAAAUAGUAACCGAUAAUGGGUCCAACUAUAAGAAAGCUUGCAAAACCCUUAUAGAAGAACCAAAAUACUCUCAUAUUGUUUGGCAACCGUGUGCUGCCCACACCGUCAAUCUUAUGUUAAAAGAUAUAGCCAAAUUUCCCGAGGUUGAUGUGAUAGUCAAGAGUGCCAAGACAAUCUGUAGGUUCUUGCAUAAGCACAAUAACCUACAUGAUAACAUGAAGAAGAACAUAGGUGGUGAACUAAUUAGACCAAAUGCCACCCGUUUUGGGACUGUCUUCAUGUUCCUUGAGAGUUACCAUUUGAAGAAAGAUAAAUUUAGGGAGUGGAUGGUUUCGACUGAUUGGAAGGAGUGUCAGUGGAGGUAUGAGCCUGGAUAUGUGUUUGUUGAAGAAUGUUUGUCUAGUAAUGUUUGGUGGAACACGCUAGAGUGGGUAUUGGGUUCAUUGAGGCCACUUUAUAAGGCCAUGAGGUAUGCUGAUACACAGAAACAAUGCACUCUUUCUGGAUUCAAGAAAAGUAUGAUGCUCGCUAUACAAGGGAUGGAAGCACAUCUAGGCCCUACAUCAAGGUUGUACCUUAGUUUCAUGCGCAAGGUGGGCAAGAGGAUAGAGGCAAGGGAAGAAGAUACAUUUAUGGUUGCAGGUAUUCAUAAAUGA